AUGAUCGAUUACUACCAACCAGUAGAGAUUAACAUUGUCUCGGCUCAAGAUCUCGACUCCGUAAACCUUUUGUUCAGACCAACAGUCUAUGUUUCCGUCUCGGUAACACGUGGUUCACGUGACAAGCAAGUCACACCAGCUGCCGUUUGCGGUAAGAAGCUCUUACGAUGGAACUAUAGCAUGAAAUUCUAUAUAGAAGACGACAAGAUUCAGAGGAAUGAGUCAGUGUUUGUGUUUCAAAUCAAGGUUAAGAAGUUUUACGGGUCCAAAGAAGUCGUUGGAAAACUUUACGUACCGGUGAAGCAAUUGCUUCACUUGAAUGAAGAGAAGACUAUAACUGAGCAUACGAAAAUAGAUUAUCAGGUGAUAACUGAGUCUGGAAAACCAAAGGGUUGCAUAUGUUUAGGGUUUAGUUUUGGGAGUGUUUUUAAGGGACAAAUCACAGGUUGUGAUUCGGAUAGUAAUGCUAGGGUUCGUGAGGAUUGUAGAUUAGGAGUUUGGGGAACUAUUAGAGGUGUGCCAUCUGCUCCUUGUGAAGACGAUAUAUAUGCUUGA